AUGCCGGGCGCCAAACCCGUCCUCCCACCCCUCCCGCCAGCCGCAACCCAAGAAGCCGUCUCCACCACGCCCUACGCCCACGACAAAACCGAAGUAAAGACCGCCCUGCUCGGCAUCUCCAGCGACCUGCUCGGCAUGCAAGACUGCACUCCGCUCUUCGGCACCUCGUCCCCAGACCCGUACGCCCCCUCCCUGCAAACACUCCACUUCCGCCUCGAAAACGGCUACCUCGCCCCGUCGCCCUUGCAAGCGCACACCAGCGAGGAAGCCCGCAUCAAAGCAACCGUGCAUAUCCGCACGCCCAAGAAGCCGCUGGCGCGCCCGCUGGAGGACUUCGAGGACCUGUACUACGCGAUGCUGGGCGCCAUCAAGCACAUGCAUCAGAUUCUCGACAUGCGGCUCGGCAGCGGGUUCAACGCGCUUCAUGAUUCGCUGUUCGAGGGCGGGAUCACGAUCCAAGAGUCCCAUGCCUGGUUGGCUGAGCAGUGGGAUAUCUUGAACCGGCCGGAGCUCGUUAAAGCGCUUGAUGACGCGAUUCGGCGCUCGCGCGUCAAGCAUCUUCACCAGGAGCUGUUGGCGCAGCUGCACGCGGGCGACCUGACGCAGGCAGAUGCCGACGAGCUGCUGGCGGAUCUGUAUGAUCCUGAGGAGUACGACGGCGUGCAGGGGUGUGCGUGGAUUGGGAGGUGGAGCGCAGCGAUGAUUGCCGGGUGGUUGGAGGAGAAGUAUCGCAUUGUGCUGAAGGUGGAGAAGCAGGAGGCGGGCAAGAAGGAGAGGUGGGAGAGGAAGAUGGCGAGAAUUGAGAGGGCGAAUAAGGAGAAGGCGGCAAAGAAAGAGCAGGAGAUGCAGGAAGAGCGGGAGCGUCAGCAGUUCGAGACGGCGGAGCAACAACAGAGUGGGAUGUUCGACGGCGCGGGCGACAUACAGACGGAGAGGAUGAAGCAGGGACAGGAGCAAGAGCAGGGACAGAGUGAUGUGGAGUGGCAUAUGAAGACGCAGCGAGUGUCGCAGUACAGUCAGUACCUGCGCGGACUGGCGAGCUACGAUGCACGUCAGCUGAUGAGCUCGAUCAACACCAACCUUCAGCAAAGCCUCUACAACGGUAGCAGUGGUCCGAUCCAAGAGGAGGGAGAUGGUGAUGUCCAUAUGAGCGACGCUUAA